CUCACAACUAUUCAUUUUGUAUUAUAUUGCUUGUGGCUAUUACUUGAAGUGAAACUGGGUUAUAGUAUAUAACAAAUAAAUAAUAUCAUCAUGUCGGAAUCAGAACCCACAAAUAGUGUAGUCAACGAAGAACCACACGAACCAUCAAACUCAUCACAAUCAAUAAAUACACCGGAACCGCAGCUGGAACCAUCUCAAUUGCGCGUAAAUGGUAAACCUAAGACUAUAGAAGAACUUGAAUCCUAUUUUAAACCAACUACAGUGGUAUUGGCCAAAGUUAAGGGGUAUCCUGCUUGGCCAGCCAUGGUAUUGGACGAGUCAAUAUUACCUGCUCAUAUAAUUGCUAAACGUCCAAAGACUGGUAGAGUAACUACAAAUGGUACAUCUUCAUCACCAACAGCAUCACCAAUUAAAAAGAAGAAAUCGGUUGGAUUACCAACGAAACUCUUCCCUGUACGUUUUUUCAGUGAUGACACGUACAUAUGGAUAAAUAGCAAUGAUAUAAAAUUAUUGACUAAAGAUGAUAUUUCUGCUCAUUUCACAAAUAGUAAUUCCAAAAGAAGAAAGGAUAAUUUAUUAGAACGUGCAUAUGAGUUAGCUAAUGAUCCACCUGAUAUGGAACUAUUCGUUCAAUAUGGAUCACGAGCUGCACCCCCCUCUGAAGAUGAAAUAGUAGAAGAAGAGAAUGUUGAAGCAGGGGAAGAGCAAGAAGAACCAGUUAAAGCACCUCCUAAGAAGAAAGCCAAAGUGGUAAAGGCUAAGACUAAGGCUAAGACUAAGGCCACUACAGCAGCUGCUGCUGCUAAAGCAGCAAAAGCUAAAAAGGAUGCUGCUGAAGCAGCCAAGAAGAAAGCUGCUGCUGAGAAAAAGUUGGCGUUGGACAAAAAGAAGCAAGAAGAAAAGAAACUCAUGUCUGAGUAUGACGAUGAUUGGGGACUUGAUGAGAUUAAUGCUUUUGACCUUAAGAGUGGGAAUUAUAUAUUUGAAGAUGAGGAUGAACAAAAACAGACAUUUGGGAAAAUAAUUCCGUCCGGUCCUAAAUUACAACAACAUUUUAUUAGGAACCAAAAUAAAUUUGAUAAAUUAAGUGAUAAAUUAAGUGAAUUAUUAAUAAAUCAAGAGGAGGACGUUAAUAGAAAGGGAGAAGAAAUUUUAACCUUAUUAGAUGAAUUUCAAGGAUUAAUUUCUAGUAGUAAUUUCCCAAAGACAUUAAUAUUAAAGAGUAAACUCUUCCGAGUAUUAAUAUUAAUACUCAGAAAGCCAUUAGAACAAUUUGGCAAUGAACAGAUUAAGGAAAAGAUUUCCAAAAUAUUAAUUAAACAAUUGGAUGUUGAAGUUAAGAACAAUAGUGAAUUUGAAGAAAAUGGAGUAGAUAGUGAAGCUAAUAGUACAUUAAAUAGUAAGGCUGCAUCUCAAGAACCAGAGACUAUAAAAGUUGAAAAUGGUAAGUAGUUUUAUAGUAGGUUAAUAGUAUUUUAAUAGUAGUAGUUGUGGCGAUGGUAUUAAAUGAAAAUUAAAUAACUAAC